AUGUUCCGAUCUCUGCGACUUGCUCCCCGCGUGGUCCGCUCUGCGCGAUGGAAUUCGACCUCCAGUCCAACCACGCCGCCCUUGAUGGCUACACUCAGGACUGAUCUGAAGACCGCAAUGAGGGCAAAGGAUACCGACAGAUUGAACGUCCUUCGAGCCCUUAUUUCCGAGACAAACAAUUCACAGAAAACCUCGUCUCCCAUUCAAACAGAUCUGCAACUUCUCGCAUUGAUCAAGAAACGGGUUGCCGCCGCGAAAGACUCGGGGCAGCAGUUCUUGGAGGCCAACCGACCGGACCUGAAAGAAAAAGAGGACAAGGCCCUCGCCAUUCUGGAGGAAUACGGUGGCCAUGUGCAGACCAUGGGCUUGGACGAAAUCAAGCAGAUUGUGUCCCAGGAAGUGUCCAAUUUGAAGGAGGCCGGCAGGAAGGUUGAAAUUGGAGGCCUUCUAAAAUCCCUCUUUGCGCCUGGAGGCGCGCUGGAUGGCAAGCCUGCAGAACGCUCGGAAGUCGCGAAGAUUGCCAAGGAGGCCGUUUCUUCGGCUUGA